CCGCGGGCAGGCACUGACGGGCUGGACGACCUCGACCCGGCUCCCGGCGAAGCGCCUUGGAGGAGCUGCCCGGCGCGCGGAGCCCGGGCACGGGCGAGCCCCUGCAACCUUCCCCUCGGCGCUGGGCCGGCGCAGAGCUGGAGCAUCCGCGGGGUCCCGGGCACGGCGGACCGACGGCCGGCUGCCCCGCGCCCCGUGCCCCGCGCCCAGCAGCAGGGGCGGCGGCGACAUGGCCGCGCGUGUCGGCCUCCUGCUGCGCGCCCUGCCGCUGCUGCUGUGGGGCGGCCUGGACGCCCAGCUCGCCCAGCGCGUAGGCCAGGAGCUGCGCAGGGAGGCAGAGGCCUUCCUGGAGAAGUACGGAUAUCUCAGUGAACCCGCCCCCAGUAGUCCCGCCUCCACGCGAUUCAGCAAUGCCAUCAGGGAGUUCCAGUGGGUGUCCCAGCUGCCCAUGAGCGGGAUGCUGGACCCCGCCACGCUGCGCCAGAUGACGCAGCCCCGCUGUGGGGUGGCAGAUACCGACAGCCAGGUGGCCUGGACCAAGAGAGUCAGUGCCCUAUUUACUGGACGUCGGGCCAAAAUGAGGCGUAAGAAACGCUUUGCCAGGCAAGGCAACAAAUGGUACAAGCGGCAUCUCUCCUACCGCCUGGUGAACUGGCCCCAGCACCUGCCUGAGCCGGCAGUUCGGGGGGCCGUGCGUGCCGCCUUCCAGCUGUGGAGCAACGUCUCGGCGCUGGAGUUCUGGGAGGCCCCGGCCACAGGCCCCGCUGACAUCCGCCUCACCUUCUUCCAAGGGGACCACAACGAUGGGCUGAGCAACGCCUUCGAUGGCCCAGGCGGCGCCCUGGCGCACGCCUUCCUCCCCCGCCGCGGCGAAGCGCACUUCGACCGCGACGAGCGCUGGUCCCUGAGCCGCCGCCGCGGACGCAACCUGUUCGUGGUGCUGGCGCAUGAGAUCGGCCACACGCUCGGCCUGACCCACUCGGCCGCGCCGCGCGCGCUCAUGGCGCCCUACUACAAGAGGCUGGGCCGCGACGCGCUGCUCAGCUGGGACGACGUGCUGGCCGUGCAGAGCCUGUAUGGGAAGCCCCAGGGCGGCUCAGGGGCCAUCCAGCUCCCGGGAAAGCUGUUCACGGACUUUGAGGCCUGGGACCCCCACAGACUCCAAGGAAGGCGCCCCGAAACCCGAGGUCCUAAAUAUUGCCACUCUUCCUUCGAUGCAAUCACUGUAGAUGGGCAACAUCGACUGUACAUAUUUCAAGGGAACCAGUUCUGGGAGGUGACAGCUGAUGGCAACGUCUCAGAGCCCCACCCACUCCAGAAGAGGUGGGCAGGGCUGCCCCCCCAUAUUGAGGCUGCCGUGGUGUCAUUGGAGGAUGGAGACUUCUACUUCUUCAAAGGCUUGACCCGAACUGCCAGCUGGAUUUCAGCCACAACUGUCCCCUUGCUGGUGUUCAGGACACAAACUCCACAACCCCAAGCGGCAGUCCUGGCAGGCGGGAAGUUCCUGGACUGAUGUGAAAGUAACCCGGCCUCUGCCGCUCAUUGCUUUAGCUCCGAGAAGCAGAGGACAUGGUGUGAAGUCCUGUAGGAAGCAGAACUCGGGCAAGAGCUGGGUGUAGCUCCUGCAUGUUCUGUAUGUGUGUGAGAGAGCUGGGGCUGGGGAAGGGAAUAAAAUGAUAGAAACUUGGGAGACUCCUUCUUUUCCUGGCCUGACAGUGGGGUGUGUUGGCAGAGUCAGGGGUAUGGAGAGAGGCAGAGGAUGCAAACCCAGAUCUGGAGAAUCUCAGUCUAAUGGGAUACAGUUGCUGGAGUCAAGGAGAUACCAGUCUGAUAGGGGAACGUGAUAUGGUCCUCCAUCCAGGUCUGAAGCGGGGGGAUGGGGUCUCUUCCUUCAGGCAUCUCCUAGUUUGGUGGAGCCAGUUUGGUGGGAGGUAGAACAAAGAGAGCAGACCAGUCCUCAGGAAUCUCAUGGGGGCAACACUGUCAAGAACUGUAAAGAGUCUAAAAUUUUACCCUACUUGCAAGUUAGCCUGCUGUACUUUCAUGGGUGCUGCCGAAAAAACAUGAGACUCCUGGGUUGGAGAUAAAGGACCUCAUUACUCAAGUCACAGCAGCAUCAGCAUACCUGUGUCAUCUCCUCUUGGCCCACUGUCCCAUGGGUGCUAUAGGGAUGGGUGCCAGGGAAUACCUGCAUAUGCAGUCAUUUGCAUUAUAAGAGGAACCCUGAGCUUAGGGAACCCUAAUCUUUUAUACUGGGCAGUAACCAAACCUCUUCUUUGCUCCAGAAAAAGACACUAUCCCUACUUCCAAGGUUGUUCACUAUAUAAACACCCUUGAAAAGUCAGUACCUCUGCUUGCAAGACAUGCAAAAAUAGGAAAGACCCAUGCAGAAUUGUCUCCCCCCAAAACCCCCAUUUUCCUUACAUUUACUAAAAGAGCCUAUAGCCACCUUGACUCUUUUUUUUUUUUAAUAAUGUGGUAGCAUGCACAUUACUU